CCAUUCUCUCGUCUCCCGUAUACUAUCUGACAUAACCAUUAAAAUAGUGUCAACCGCUAGCAUAACCAUUCACACAUCGUGACCCUAUAAUCAUUUACAACAGUAUAUCAAAUUUCCGACAAAACUCAAAAUUUCAGUGAUAAAAAACAUGGAGAAAUCCUUCAUUCUCGAGUAUUUCAGGAUUAGUAUUAAAAAUCCUACAAAUUUAAAUGGCAAUUAAAAAUGAGAAUAUUCGAAAAUGGUGCAUACGUAAUUUGCAAUUAUUGAAAUUUGAAAUUGCAUCAGAUUAAUAGGUUCACAAUAGAAUUAAGAAUGUAGAUAAAAAAAUAUAUUUUUCUGUAAUUCUCGAAGGUAUGUAAGCGCCCAAAGUUCUUCACAAUGCAUAAGAAAACAAGGACGGUAUUUUAUUUGAUCCUCAAUAUAAUAUUUUCGAUUAUUAUUGUGUUAUUAAACAAAUGGAUUUAUGUUCAUCUUGGAUUUCCAAAUAUAACUUUGUCUAUGAUCCAUUUUGCUGUAACUUCUAUCGGUUUAUUAAUAUGUGAGAAAUUGGAUGUAUUUUGUGUGAAAAGUGUAGCAGCUAAGGACAUGAUUUUAAUUGCCACAACUUUCUGCGGAUUUGUGGUGUUGACGAACUUGAGCUUGGCAUACAACACUGUUGGAACAUAUCAGGUAGCCAAGAUGCUGACUACGCCUUGUGUCAUCAUGAUGCAGAUGUGUUUCUAUGAUAAACAUUUUAGUGUGAUGAUCAAAUUAACUCUAAUACCCAUUGCUCUUGGAGUGAUUAUCAAUUUUUAUUACGAUCUGCAGUUUAAUAUCAGAGGGACCAUUUACGCGGGUCUGGGCGUGAUCGUCACAUCACUUUAUCAAGUUUGGGUUAAUAGAAAGCAAAAGGAAUUUCAAAUGGAUCCCAUGCAGUUGUUGUAUUACCAAGCACCUAUUUCUGCUGCUAUGCUGUUUAUUAUAAUACCUGUGCUGGAACCUCUUGAUAACACCAUCAUACGCCAUUGGAGUUGUUUCGACAUUUCAAUAGUGCUUUUAUCAAGUAUUGUUGCUUUUUUCGUGAAUCUCACCUCCUAUUGGAUCAUUGGGUAUACAUCACCAUUAACGUAUAACAUGGUAGGGCAUUGUAAAUUUUGUCUUUUAUUAUUGGGAGGAGCUAUAAUUUUCCAUGAAUCACUGGCUUUUAAUCAGACGACAGGAAUUGCCUUAACAUUAGGGGGCAUUAUUUUAUAUGCACAUGUGAAGAUGAAGGAUAAUCGAUCGAGCCCCUCCGACUCUACUAUGGAAGAGGGAAAAUCACUCGUUCACAAAAUAUAAUACAGUUAACGACAAAUGUGAAAUGUACUUGUUCAUGAAUAAACAUUUUUUAUGAAUGUUAGAAUGUUAUAGAGCGCCCAAUGAAUGGUAUAUUUAUACUUGUAAAAAGUGAAGAAAAAUAACUAUCAAUAAUAGAAGUAUUUUGAUAACAUGUAAAUAAACAAGAUUGAAAUAAAAUGUAAUGAAAAA